AGCUCUUGCUAGGGCUGAAGCAGAGGGUUUUUUCCCCAUCCAGCUUUACCAGAACUGAAAUCCCUCCAAGCAGUUUCUGCAAGCUGCUGACGGAGCAGAACUCGCUAAACUCUUGAGCAACAUGAACUGCAGCCCAGCCUCGCGUCGCUGUCCAUCCCUGACGCAGACCUGCAGUUUCCUCCUGCCAAGAUUAGGCCUCUUUUAUCAAGUCAUGUUUUUCAAAUACUUUUUUGCUUGCAGGUGAAUAUAAUGAUGUCCUGUUCUCCUGUGUUAGACCAGAUUUCCUGUAACCCCUUCGUCAGUAGUGCUCCAAGCCAUCGCUGUAUCCUGCCAGAGCCCUGACUGCGAGGUCACCUUCAGAGCUACUGCCUAUCACUAGGCUUGCUUAAACGAGCAGCAGUAAAUGUGCCAGUCUUCAGCAGAGCAGAAGUUAGAAUUUUCUGAAUAAGUUGUAGAAGAAGCUUGAUGUAUUUCUUAGGAUAUUAGGAUAAUGUCGCUAUCACCCCUUAAUACAUCAAGUGAUGUGAAGUCCUGAGUAGAGUUUGACAAUGGAGGCCAAAUCUGUUGCCCUCAUUGUGGAGGGAAUGACCUGCAAUUCCUGCGUUGAGGCCAUUGAACAGCGCGUCAGGAAAAUCGAUGGCGUCCACAGCGUCACAGUAUCUCUAGAGGAGAAGAGUGCGGCCAUUAUUUAUGACUCCCAACUGCAAACUCCAGGAACUCUGCAGGAGGCCAUAAAUGACAUGGGAUUUGAUGCUACGUUAGCCGACUCAACCCCACAACCUGUUUUACUUGACACUGUUUUCCUUUCUAUUCCUCCUGAGUCGACCCUAACAUGUAAACAGAUCCGUAGUACACUCCUGACAAGCAAAGGUGUUCUGGAUGUUAAAGUGUCCUCUGACCAAAAAACUGCCGUGGUGACUUUCAUUUCCUCCGUUAUAAAUAGUAAGCAGAUUAUCCAAAUGGUCCCAGGAGUAGAUUUAAGAAUUUUGGCGCCGGAGGCAGCUCCUGGCGAGGCUGCCAGCUGGGCGCCRGCGAGCAGCGCGGUGCUGCGCCUGCGGGUGGAGGGCAUGACCUGUCACUCCUGCACCAGCACCAUCGAGGGCAAGAUCGGCAAGUUGCAAGGAGUGCAGCGCAUUAAAGUGUCCCUGGACAAUCAGGAAGCUGUUAUCGUGUAUCAGCCUCACGUCAUUACACCAGAAGAAAUAAAACACCAAAUUGAAGCAGCGGGUUUCACAGCUUCUCUCAAAAAGCAGCCCAGACCUCUCAAGCUCAGCGCUCUUAACCUGGAAAGUUUGAAGAAUGCUCAAACCAAAGGCUCCGAAGCAAUCCUGAAAGAAAACUCCAAGAAUACGAAUGAUACAAAGACUGUCGUCUUCAGAAUCGACGGCAUGCACUGCAAUUCAUGCGUCCUCAAUAUUCAGAGCACUAUAUCGGCGCUUCCAUCAGUAACAAGUAUAGUUGUUUCGUUAGAGAAGAAAUCUGCUAUUGUAACCUACAAGCCAAGCUURGUUAGCGUGGAUGUACUGCAAAAAGCCAUAGAGGCAGUGUCUCCAGAGACAUUUAAAGUCAGCCUUCCCGACGAAUGUGAAAACGUAGCACUGCUCAGCACAGUGGCAUCUCCACCAAAAUCCCUUCCGGCCACUGUAAAAGACGCGAGCCAGCCCCUUACUCAAGUUGUUGUGAUAAAUAUUGAAGGAAUGACUUGUAACUCUUGUGUGCAGGCUAUUGAGGGAGUCRUGUCCCAAAAGGCAGGGGUAAAAUCUAUACGUGUGUCUCUUCCAAAUCAUAAUGGGACUAUAGAAUAUGACCCUCUACAAACAAGCCCAGAAGACUURCGAUCCUCAAUAGAUGAUAUGGGGUUUGAUGCAUCUUUAUCAGCAAACACAGAACUCCCCGCGGCAAUAACUCGGCCUUUGCCUGAAGUGAAGCUGGAAUCUCACAAAGCAGAGCCUGCUUCCAAAGUAUUAGCACUUCAUGCUGCUGAACAGAAGACAAAGACCAUUUCCAAGUGCUACGUCCAAGUCACAGGCAUGACGUGUGCUUCAUGUGUAGCCAACAUUGAGAGAAAUUUAAGGAGGGAAGAUGGCAUACAUUCAAUACUUGUGGCCCUGAUGGCAGGCAAGGCAGAAGUGAGGUAUAAUCCUGCUGUCAUUCACCCUUCAACUAUUGCRGAGCUUAUACGAGAACUGGGAUUUGGAGCUACGGUGAUGGAAAAUUCCGAUGAAGGAGAUGGAAUUCUGGAACUCGUGGUGAGAGGAAUGACUUGUGCUUCUUGUGUGCAUAAAAUAGAAUCCACUCUCAUGAAGACUAAUGGAGUGUUAUACUGCUCAGUGGCUCUUGCAACUAACAAAGCACACAUUAAGUAUGAUCCUGAACUUAUAGGUCCUCGAGAUAUCGUACAAAUGAUAAAGGAUUUAGGUUUUACUACAUCCUUAGUCAAAAAAGAUCGAUCUGCUAGUCAUUUAGACCACAAACAGGAAAUAAGGCAGUGGAGAAGGUCAUUCCUUGUGAGUCUGUUUUUCUGUAUCCCUGUCAUGGGGCUGAUGAUUUACAUGAUGAUUAUGGACAGUCAGCUUGCAGAUGCUCACGCACAUCACAACAUGAGCACUGAGGAAAUGGAGACCCUUCACUCCUCCAUGUUCCUGGAACGUCAACUCCUACCAGGAUUAUCCGUUAUGAAUUUUCUGUCAUUUUUGCUAUGUGUCCCUGUACAGAUGUUUGGAGGCUGGCACUUCUACAUUCAAGCGUACAAAGCAGUGAAGCACAAGGCUGCAAACAUGGACGUGCUCAUUGUUUUGGCAACUUCCAUUGCCUUCGUCUACUCGUUCGUCAUUCUUCUGGUUGCGAUGGCUGAGAAAGCAAAAGUCAACCCYGUGACUUUCUUUGACACCCCUCCCAUGCUCUUCGUGUUCAUCUCCUUGGGCCGGUGGCUAGAGCAUGUUGCAAAGGGUAAAACAUCAGAGGCACUCGCAAGACUUAUUUCAUUACAAGCUACCGAAGCAACUAUUGUUACCUUGGGCCCUGAUAACAUUCUCUUAAGUGAAGAGCAAGUUGAUGUUGAACUGGUUCAGCGGGGUGAUAUUGUCAAAGUGACUCCGGGAGGCAAGUUCCCAGUGGAUGGCCGUGUCAUUGAAGGGCACUCUAUGGUAGAUGAAUCCCUCAUCACUGGUGAAGCGAUGCCUGUGACCAAGAAGCCUGGCAAUACAGUUAUUGCAGGUUCCAUUAAUCAGAACGGCUCGCUGCUGAUCUCAGCAACCCACGUUGGAGCUGAUACAACUCUAUCCCAAAUCGUCAAGCUUGUGGAGGAGGCCCAAACAUCAAAGGCUCCUAUCCAGAAAUUUGCAGACAAGCUUAGUGGCUAUUUUGUUCCUUUUAUUGUGGCUGUCUCUGUGGUUACCCUUUUUGCCUGGAUUAUUAUUGGAUUUGUUGAUUUUGAAAUAGUAGAAAAAUACUUCCUGGGUUACAACAAGAGCAUUUCUGCAGCAGAGGUGGUCAUCCGCUUCGCCUUCCAGGCCUCUAUCACCGUGCUGUGUAUCGCGUGUCCCUGUUCCCUGGGAUUGGCGACCCCCACAGCUGUGAUGGUGGGUACCGGAGUAGGAGCUCAGAACGGCAUCCUGAUCAAGGGCGGCGAGCCGCUGGAGAUGGCCCAUAAGGUGAAGGUGGUUGUGUUUGACAAAACGGGGACGAUUACUCAUGGGAUGCCCGAGGUCAUGCAGGUGAAGUUCCUGGUGGAGAGUAACCAAAUACCACGUAGUAAARUGCUGGCAGUUCUGGGGACUGCCGAAAGUAGCAGUGAACACCCUCUUGGAGUGGCAAUAACAAAAUACUGCAAAAAGGAAUUGGACUCAGAAGCUCUUGGGACAUGUACAGAUUUCCAGGUAGUUCCAGGCUGUGGCAUUAGCUGUAAAGUCACCAAUAUUGAACCAUUACUCUACCGGAAGAAAAAAAUGAUUGAAGAAAAUAAUAUUAAAAAUGUGACGCUUGUGCAAAUUGAGGAAACCGAAGAAUCAGUGCAGCCUGCUUUGAUUAUUGAUGCUGACCUAACAACUACUUUGACAUCUCAGAAAUAUUCCGUUCUCAUUGGGAACCGGGAAUGGAUGACUAGAAAUGGCCUUCUUGUUAAAAGUGAAAUAGAUAAAGCCAUGAUGGAGCAUGAGCGGAGAGGUCGCACAGCAGUGCUCGCGGCUAUUGAUGGAGUGCUUUGUGGCCUGAUAGCUAUUGCUGAUACCGUGAAACCAGAAGCUGAGCUAGCUGUGUACACUUUGAAGAGUAUGGGAUUAGAAGUUAUCCUAAUGACUGGUGACAACAGCAAAACAGCAAGAUCUAUUGCCUCUCAGGUCGGCAUCACCAAAGUGUUUGCAGAGGUUCUCCCAUCCCACAAAGUAGCCAAAGUGAAGCAGCUGCAAGAUGAGGGAAAGCGAGUGGCCAUGGUUGGAGAUGGUAUCAAUGACUCCCCAGCUCUUGCUAUGGCCAAUGUGGGAAUUGCUAUUGGUAAAGGCACCGACGUAGCCAUUGAGGCAGCUGAUGUGGUUCUAAUUAAGGAUGAUUUGAUGGAUGUGGUGGCAAGUAUAGAUUUAUCAAGGAAGACUGUCAAAAGGAUCCGCAUCAACUUUGUCUUUGCUCUGAUUUAUAACCUUAUUGGAGUUCCCAUAGCUGCUGGAUUUUUCCUGCCCAUUGGUUUGGUUUUGCAGCCCUGGAUGGGAUCUGCAGCGAUGGCCGCCUCCUCCGUCUCUGUUGUGCUCUCUUCUCUGCUGUUGAAGACGUACAGGAAACCAAGUUCUGAGAAACUUGAGUUCCAGGCCCGCGGCCAAAUAAGACACAAGAGUCCAUCAGAAAUUAGUGUCCACAUUGGAAUAGAUGAAACUGGGUCAGGCUCUCCUAAACUGAGCUUAAUGGAUCGAAUUAUCAACUACAGCAGAGCCUCUAUAAAUUCUCUCUUCUCAGACAAGCGUUCAGUGAACAGCAUCGUUCUCAAUGAACCGGACAAACAUUCGCUUCUGGUGGGAGAUUUUGGAGAAGACGAUGACACAGCAUUGUGAGAGACUUGGAGGGGGGGAAAAAGAAAGGGAAAGAAAGAGGGGGAGCAGGAAAAAAGAACAGCUGUCUACAAGUCCAUACAGGCACUGAUCACUUCUGAAGUCUGGAUUUUCAGAUAUUUUCUGCCUUUAUGGGGUUUAAUCUCUCAUCGGUAUAGAUAUUUCAUUUUUAAUAUCAAAGAUGAGUUUAUUUGCAGUCACCUUCCAGUAUUUUUUUAAACCUAAUGAAACAAAGGGGCAAUGGCUGCUAAUGCUUGCAAGCAAAGCUGUGUUAUCACUCCAUGGAGCUUGUAGUACUGCAUUUUCUGGCAAAAUACCAAAAUGCAAUUAGGGAAAUUAAGGAACCAGAAACUCAUUUCCAAGCCUUGUAUUGGGCUCUUUUUUGUACAGUCAAGUUUAAAAUUUAUAUAUUGCUGUAUUUGUAAAAUGUUGAAAGUUCUGUGUUCACAGGUAGAUGUGCCUUACUUAAACUUCCAGGAUCACUGUUUCCAGACCCUUUUACCAGAAAUGUCUCCUCGCUUUUCUUCUGUAAACACCUGGUUCCAGCCUUUCACACUCCUCACUUCCAAACCUCUUAUCUGGACUCCUGCUAGACAGAGGUGGCUGAGCAGGUCUGGGCUUGCCUUCUGACACCAUAUUCCCAUUUAUUUCCAUGCAUCUCUGUCCCUGUACGCUCCUGCUGCUGAAGGUGGAAUGGGCAGGGAGGUCUCUUCUUUCCUAAACUCUCCUAAGCUGAAAACUUCUGCAGCAUCUGAGUGUGCUAAAAACAUGAUAUGCUAUUAGCUGAAAUGUGUGGCUUUUUGAAAAGUAAAAAUGCUUAAAGUAGUUAGCACUGACUACCAGCAUCUAAAAACACUCCUUARAGGAAUGAAAAUAGCUUUGAUCAGGGUCACGCAAGCUACCUGUGAAAUCUCUGCAAUUGGGUGUUUGCAGAUACCUGACAACAUCACAGAAUCCUUUGGUGGUGCAAUGUCAGCGUUGUAUCCGAGAGAGAUGAGUUGCCUGUAGAGAUGUGCCGAGUCUCUGUGCCCGGAAUGCUCCAUAAUCCACUCCAUAAAUCAAAGCCUCCCUAGCUUGGCAUGCUCAGGGGCCAGGCUUUGUGAAUUAAGCCAAUUUCAUGUGUUACAGAGCUGGCUUCUCAAAACUGAGGUUUYGAUUGUUAAAUCAUGAAUGUUAAAGGUUCUCCAAGAGAAAUAAAGGUGGUUCAUCCACCCUGUAACUACUUUGGAAACCUAGUUCUCUUAUCUCCUUUGCUGAGAGAGUUACCUAUGRCAGUUAUUAGGUUUAACAGUGAAGAACUGCAUCAUGAAAUAGCAUCCAUGGUAUGAACAGGUAGUUCCUAUUUGUGCUUUAGAGAAGAAAUAUCCAAAUUGGAAUGCAGGUAAUAGAUCUCUGUCAUCUUGUGUUUUACCUUGAAGACUGAUGUCMAUGUAUAGAUCUCAUGUGCAAAAACUUGUAAGUAAACGUUUUGAGAGCUCCUCAGGUGAAGGCAGUAUCUGAAAGCAGAGCUGUGCUUUGAAAUGUGUUAGUAUCCAGUGUACUAGGCAUAGUGCAGAGAGGAGGGCAACAAGUUGUGAAUGUUGCUGCCUGUAGUUUAGGAAACGUCGUGUUGCUAUGGCAGUUUAGGUAUUUAAUACUGUUAAGUGAAUAUACAUUUUUUUUUUAAAUCUUUUGAUUAUAGCUGCAUAUAUCUGUGGUGUUAAGAAAAGCUGAGAUGCACAAAGGCGUUUCUUAAGGUGUUGCUGUCAACGUUCAGCAAAAAGCUGUUUCUUACAAUGCAGGUAACUACCUAGAAAAUAACAACAUAACUGCUCCGAGGCUACGUAAGCCCUUUCCAGAAGGUUCCAGCUUCCUUCAUCCCUGUGUGYUCUCUGUGCUGUUCUUGGCCGGGUGCUGCAAGCACAGCAGGAAAUAUUGCACGUUUCUGUCUGGAUUCUGCUGACAACUGCUUGUCUUAAUAUCUGCUCUGUGUUUUCAUGAUAUAACUGCUUGCGGAGGAGAGUGGCGCCGUUGCAGGUGCUGGUUAUGGUGUUCCARUGAUGUCCUGGUCUUAAAUUCCUGCUUGCUUCCUGUAGCAAUGAGAAGAAUUUGUUGAAUUCCUUCCAURUAUAUUUUUAUGGCACUUAGAAGCCUUAACUGUGUGUAGGUUGGAUACUUACUGUAGGAAUGAUGGCUCUAUCUCCAACUCUCUGCCCAUAUAAAAGCCUCUUUCUAAGAUUUUCUCUGCUUGAAUAUGGAAUCCAGCAGUUGGUCCAAGUAUAGCAGAAUAAGAUCCACUUUUCAAAGCAGCGCUGGGCACCCUGGUUGGGUCCGGAGAUGGUGGGGAACAAGGUGGUGGAGAGGGAAYGCCAGGAUAACAGGAGAGCCGCCCGCAGCUCUGGGCACAGGAGCAAACUCGGGGGGACAGAGCAAGAGAACAGCCCCAGUGCAGAGCUCUGCAAACUGCCUGUUGCCCCUGUCCCYCAGUGAAAGCCUAACACUGACCUACCGAAUGUUUAUCCUGAGAUUAAAAUAUCUUAUAAGGUGCUUUAAGUUAAAGAACCAAAACACUUUUCAGUCUGAAUGUAGAGCGCAAGUGAAAUGCGAGGGGCAAAAUGUGCACAUUCUAAUGUGUAAAUAUUUUACUCCUGUUGGAGGCAACUUGCAAUCAGGAAUUUAAAAUGUCUUUAAAAACUUGGAAGUAUGCAGUUACAAAUGAAUUUAUGUAUUACUAGUGUGUCUAUUAUUUUCUAUGACUAGCUAUUUAUAAAAACUGUGCUUUUAUUUAAAAAUGAAACCAAGUGCGUAUGCUCAAAGCUUUAAAAAACACUUUUUGAAUCUUAACCUUUUAAAAGUGUGGACACUUGGGAUUUUAUACAAAAAAAAGUGAAGCUUGCAAAACACAUUAAGUAAUUCUAUUUAUUUACAAUGCAAAUAACAGUGUUUGUUUCACUGCUCAAAAUGGAAAUUCUGACCAAAUAUU